GGAGUUCCAGUCAGUCUGUCCGUGCGAGUCUGUCCGUCGAGCAGACUUCUCUCACUCUUUCGUCCUUCUCUUAGAACAGACCGUCGAGUGGCUCGUGGUGGAAGCCACAUGUCGUCGGUGGUGCAGCUGCUACUGGCACCCUGACGAUCAGUUUACUAUCGUCAUUGGUAUAGAUCGCGAUUGACCGUGGUUUUCAUUAUCUACUAUACCUUCUUUUUUCUUUAAAUUUUAUUAAUCUUCUCUUAUCGCACUCGAUACAUCUAUAUACGUAUAUACGUAUGAGAGUAAUCAAAAUAAUAAAGAUAGAGAUAGAAAAAGAAAUAGAGAGAGAGAGAGAGAGAGAGAGAGAGAAGAGAAAAAGAUAAAGUGGUUGUUAAAAGUGUAUUAGAAAAGGAUUAGAUUUUGAAGAGAAUUCUUUUUUCUUCUUCUUUUUUUUCUCUUUUUUUUUUUUUUGUUCUUUUCCUUUUCUUCUUUUUUUUUUCUUUUUUUUUUUUUUUGGAGAGAAAGAAGAACUCGACGAAGAAACUCAAAGAACAUGUCGUCGAGAAUAAUUUUCGGUUUGUUCCUCGGCUUGUUCAUCGUUGUUGGUUCACCACCUACCACCAUUGAAGCUUUCAACGUCGAAACAAAACAUUACGCGAUAUAUCGCAACGAGGCCGAAUCUAUGUUCGGCUUUGCUGUUUCAGCCUAUCGCGACAAAUACGGACGAGGAUGGGCAAUCGUAGGAGCUCCGGAGGCCGAUACAUCUCAAGUGGGUGUGUACAGGGGUGGCGCGGUUUACAGAUGCGACAUCGCGGCCGACGACAGAUGCGACAUCAUCCACUUCGACGAUAAAGGAAACAACCAUGCCAGAAAUCCGUCCCUACCUAGUAGUCUGACUCAGGUCGAUAACAAAACGCUUCAAUGGUUUGGCGCGACGGUAUCUGCCUCGAGUAAAGACGGCGGUCCGAUUAUGGCAUGUGCUCCGAGAUACAUAUGGUUUUCUCUAUCACAGCCAAGAUACGAUCCUGACGAAUCGAGAUCGAUUAAAGAAACCAUCGCUGGUAAUCGAAGAGAUCCAGUCGGUACCUGUUGGGUAGUCGACAAGAAUUUCAACGAAUCUCAAGAAUUUUCCCCAUGUCGAACGAGGUUUUGGGGAUACCACAGGCAAGGCUCAUGUCAGGCCGGUUUGGGUGCCGCGAUGGCCAAGAAUGGCGAGAGACUCUUUAUCGGUGCACCAGGAAGUUGGUACUGGCAAGGUCAGCUAUAUUCUAUCAGCACCUCGAUGAGAUUCCAAUUCGUGGCAACUACGUCCUUCCUUCAGGAAGAAGUUGCAGGGCAAGCAUUUUCGCAGCCGUUGAAUAGUCGCGCCAAAAUGAUGUCUACAAAGGAAGCUCCGGCGAACGAAGACGACAGUUACAUGGGCUACUCUGUCGCCGCGGGAGACUUCGUUGGAAACGGAGACAGUGGCACGGCUGUUGGUGUACCCAGGGGAUCUGGUCUUCGUGGCAAGGUCGUACUCUUUACCUCCAGCAUGACCAAUCAUCAAAACGUCACAGGUGAACAAAUGGGUGCUUACUUCGGCUAUUCCGUUGCAGCUGGUGACAUUGAUGGUGACAGUUUAGACGAUCUUAUAGUCGGUGCACCGAUGUAUACUAUUCCGGACAAUCCAGAAAUGAAUAUCGAAACCGGAAGGAUCUAUGUUAUUUAUCAAGGAGGAGCUCAUGAAAAGUUCCGAAAGGUUGACAGCAGAGACGGAGAGAGUAAUCGCGGACGUUUCGGUUUGUCACUGGCCUUUUUAGGGGAUAUCGAUCAUGAUGGUUAUGGUGAUUUCGUCGUUGGUGCUCCUUAUGGUGGAAUAAACGGUCGCGGCGCCGUUUACAUUUAUCACGGAUCGAAAAACGGUGUUUUAGAAAAAUAUUCCCAAGCUAUUCACGCGGAAGAAUUGAACGUACCAAUUCAGACCUUCGGAUUUUCCGUAGCUGGUAGCUUAGAUCUCGAUGGGAAUCAUUAUCCUGAUUUGGUCGUUGGUGCUUACGAAUCCAGCUCAGCAUUCUUCUUCAGAGCGCGUCCAGUCAUUAAAAUGGAUUCUUUCGUGACUUUUGAAACCGAAUCGAAAUUGAUUUCUUUAGAUGAUAAGAAUUAUACACUCUCGGAUGGUACCAGAGUUACUUCUCUACCAUUAAGAGGAUGCUUCAGAUACAACGGCGAUGGUGUCGCAUCAAGAUACGUGUUCAAUGUUCAAUAUGUCGUCGACGUUAAGAAAACAAAGGCUCCACGACUGUUUUUCAUUGAACAUGAGAAUAAAAACAUGAUAAACAAGACGAUUACACUCGAACAAAAUCAACAACUUUGUCGUACAGUACAGGUUUACGUGACACCAAAUAUCCGUGACAAAUUGACAUCGUUGGAAGCAGAAUUACGUAUAAGUUUGAAAGACGAUCAGUUACCCGAUAAUCGUCCACGUGAUCCUAGAAUAUCUCUAAGACCUGUUAUCGGUGCUACCAUGUCCAAAAAGGAUUCAUUAUCGAUAAGAAAGAACUGUGGUCCUGACAACGUUUGCAUACCGGAUCUACAGCUCAGUGUGAAACCAAACGUCGAACGAUAUCUUCUAGGAUCCGGAAAGAAAUUAGAACUCGAGAUUUUGGUGAUAAACAAUGGCGAAGACGCGUUCGAAGCGACUUACAAUAUCCAAUUGCCAGCUGGUAUCGAUUACAUCAAAAUCGAGAGAAUCGACAAGACCGAGGUACCUGUACAAUGUUCAGCGCCUAAACAAUCGAAUAACAAUACUUUGCGUUGCGAUAUCGGCAAUCCUCUUCCUCAAAGACAAUUGGUCAAUUUCAAAGUACUCCUGCAACCUGUAACAUCUAAUAGUAUGGCACCGUCUUACGAAUUUUAUAUGGAAGUAAACACGACCAAUCCCGAAAACGGUACAACGACCAAUGACAAUAGCUGGCACUUGUCCUUACCGAUUUGGAUCGAAACGGAAUUACUCGUGGAAGGUGAAAGUCGACCCAAAGAAAUCUAUUACAAUCCUUUCAAUUACACUGGAACGAACGUUACGACUGAAUCAGAGUUUGGUCCAGCAGUCAUUCACAAUUAUAUUAUAUAUAAUCAAGGACCAUCGGAUAUACUUGAAGCAGAAGCAUUUCUGAUAUGGCCUGCUCAAACUCUUGCUGGUGAAGAAUUGUUGUAUUUGAUUGAGCAACCGGAAAUGACCGGACCGAUUGCUUGUGAAACGGCAAAUGCUAAUUAUCUGAGUCUCCAGCUCGAUCAACGAAGAAGACCAUUACAUCAAGGCUAUCCAGAUCCAUCUGGCGUAAUCUUGGACGAAUCUCAUUCAGGCAAAACAAUCAACGUACAAAGAGGUUUUGAAACAUUACAAAAUAAUAAAUCGAAUCACAAGGAAGAGAGCGAUGUAAAUAGUGGCGAUAGUUCGGACAUCCAAAAAUCACGACACUCCUCAUCGUCCUCCACAAAUGUCGUUAGUAGCGAAACCAGAAGGAUACAACUUACUUCUAACGGAGAACAACCAGGUGUACUAACCACCACGUAUACACAAAACAGUUCCGGUAUGACGAGUAGUAGUAAUAAUAAACCCGACGGAAUAUCUGGUGUUAACAGAGCAAUUAUUUUUCACUCUGACUCCGAUGGUUAUAGUGGAAGCUCGACGAAUAUAGGAAGUGGAUUACAAACGACCGUUCAAGGAAAUAAUUUCGACUCGAAUUUAUCCAACUUAGAUGGAUUACAUAAUAGAAAUUUAAAUUACAGUAGAAAUAUUGAAAAUCAUUGGAGAGAAUCAGGUAGGAUUGCCUAUGGAAAUCAAGAAGGUUCCUUUUCUUCAACGGGUAUUCCAGUGGUACAUGUCGACGAAAGCGAAUACGUAAGGCAAUAUAAGGAAAGUUUGAAACAACAAGAGCAAGAACGUCGUCAACAGGAACUGGAAACUUUAAGAAUCGAGGAAGAGGCACGUUUGAGAAGGAUACAAGAACAGAGACGUUUAGAAGCGUUGGAAAGAGUUGCGGAGGAAGAACGUUUGUUACGUGAGAGAAAACAAAAGGAGUAUGAACGUUUGCUCGCGCAAAGACGACAGGAGGAAGAACGUAGAGAGGAGGAAGCACGAUUGAAACAACAAAAAGAAAAUGAAGAAGAUUAUGAUUAUGAUGACGAGAAAGUUUACGACGAUACUUUGGAAAAUCAUGAUACAGAAAAACAAUCAGGAUUUAUAACUGGCGAUAGAGAGCAUAUUGUUGGUAGCAGCGAAAUAGAAUUCCGUUUACGAAAUAUUAGCUCUAAUCAAGAACUAGAGAAACUCCUUGGAUCCUUAUCGAAAGAAGCGGCCGGUUAUCAGUCAUAUAAUAGACAAGGAAAACAAUAUGUUCAAUUUAUGGGACGAUUUAGAACAUCCUCUGACAGAAAGGAGUAUAUAGAAUUUCAGGAUGGUUCUAUGUUUCCGCUGCAAGAUCAUAGGGGAGUACAAAGUUAUGUUUCCGUAUCUACCGAGCCACAAGAUAGUCGUUUCUUGAGAAUAGAAGGUCAGCUUUUGAUUGGACAGGAUGGUAAAGGAUAUAUAGUGUUGAAAGAUGGUCGCAGAUUUCCUUUACAAGGUUCUUACACUUAUACAGAAGAACGUACUUAUACUUUAAAGGGUGGUCCAGGUAUAAAAUCCUAUAGCAGAUCCCGACAAGAAGAAGGAUCAAAUUCGGAAAAAGAUUACGAGACAAGAUACAGUUCGCAUGUUGACGAGCACAAACGAACGGAGGAUAGACAAGUCGAUACCAAAGUAUAUGGAAGAAAUCAUUUCGAUCUAGUUGGUGAAACAGAUCCAAAUCAUUUGAAUUCAAGAUUUAGACGAGAAAAUGAUGCAUUGACUGUAACAGAGUUUCGAAAAUUUGAAGAACACAAUAGACAUCGUCGAGAAAUCGAUAGCAGUUUUCUUCCUUUAGAUGAAAAUAAUCCUACUAUUGAUCGUCAAAAUCCUUGCAAUACCACGAAAUGUGUUACAUUGCGUUGCGUUCUUGGACCUUUGAAGAAGGACCAAGAGAUAACAAUCGCUGCGAGAUAUCUCGUUAACAUCAGGACCUUGAAGAAAGUUGCGUUUAAGGAGAAAGUUAAGGUCUCAAGUCAAUUAGUAGCACGCGUUACCAAGCAACCCUUCAUCGGUACGCCGGUUGAGCAAGUAGUGAAAAGCCAUGAAAUUUAUACGAACAUCGAACCGACUGUUGCUCCGUCCUCUCCAGAUGACAUUCCACUUUGGAUAGUAGUUUUGUCGGCUUGUGCCGGAGCGAUAAUCUUACUAUUACUCAUUUAUUUACUUCAUAAGUGUGGAUUCUUCAAGAGAAAUAGACCUUCCGAUGCUCCGGAAAGACAACCCUUGAACAGGAAUGGUCAUUUCCAACAAGGUGACGAACACUUAUAAAAAGUACUCCCACUCGUACUGAGUUAUUAGACUUUUUUUGCUCUCUCCGAUCGAAUCUAUUCAUGUUUCGAUCGUGUAUUGGAAAACGGCGGAAGAAGUGCCUUAACGGUCUUGAUGUCCAGCUAAAAGGAGGAAAAAAUGAAUCUAGUGGAUUUGAUUGUCUCGCGAGAAAUGUAUACACUGUUUGGUACAUCGAACGAUAAUAAUGCGAGAUUCGUUGUUGUUCAUACAGCAAUACUGCCACUUAAUACUCCUUCCAGCUCCUGCAGCAGCUCGAUCACGCAAGUUUCUAGUCAGGAGAUGUUUUCUUUUUACGUGUAACUUACUUUGAAGCCAUACCUCACGGGUCAUCAGAAGCGAAAGAAAUACAAAGUACUUUUCUUUUUUUUUUCAUUGUUCGAUUUCCAACUGCCUCUAUUUUUCUAUUUCUAUUGUAAAAUAUUAUUAUACAAAUAUGAUCAAGAUACAAAAAGAGCGAGGGAAAAAAAAAGAAAUAAAUAUGAAGUAUUUUAGACGAUCGUCGAAUUGACAUUAAAUGUUCUACGAAAGGAUGAAUUUGCUUUCUGACGGAUCUUAUUCGCUUCUGUGAUCGACACCUAUGGGGGUUCCUCGUUACAUUUGGGAAGUAGGCUUGACAGUAUGCAAAUUUUUAAUUAUUUAUUAAAUUUAUAUAUAUAUAUAUAUCUAUAUAUAUAUAUAUGAACAUAUAUAUAUAUAUAUAAACAUAUAUAUAUAUAUAUGAACAUAUAUAUAUAUGUAUGUAUGUAUAUAUAUAUGAACAUAUAUAUAUAUGUAUGUAUGUAUACCACGUAACAUAUACUAGAGCGUCGAAACAUAUGAGGAGGACUGCAGCCAUGUCCCAGAUGUAUGUGUGUAUAAUUUUGUAAAUUAUUAAUUAUGUUAUUAUACUUACGUACCCAGAAUAAUCUAACGCAACAGACUGCGUGUCUGAUCGUGAGAUAGAUAAUCAGCGACCGAUAAAUUACAGAAAUUAACUUGUACAUACAACAUUAAGACGUAACGUUAAAGAAAUAUAUAUAUAAUAAUAUUAA